GAGCCAACGGUUGCACUGCGAAAAUGCAUCAGAGAACACACUAAUCUUCUUUUCAACUGCACACCAAGUAGAUUUGAAUUUCCUUGUUAUCCCACGAUCUUUUACCUUUUUUCGAAAAAAGUAUAUUUUCACCGUGAUUUUUGUUGUCUCUUCCCAUUUUGCAGAUGCCCCCCACCGCUAAGGAAGGCGGCAUCCUACAUCGGCAAGUGGUUCUUUGCGCGCUAGUAUGGGCACCUUUUUUACACGCAGUUCAUCAAAAUUUUUACUGUAGAAGAAACCUUGAACUCAAAACGCCAUGAACAAGCAGUGGGUCCGUCUCUUCUCCAGCACUGGGGCCAAGACAAAGAAGUACUCAACUGUUGAACCGGUCCAUCAUUUGGUAAAAGUCAGGAAAGCUGCUUUGUCUCCAAGAUACCAGCCUUUGUUGAUUCCCAAAGAUGACAUCGAAUCAACCGGUUUCAAACCUACGGAGAUCGAUCAAGACAGACUUGGAGAGCACUACAAGAACACUUUGCAGAGUGACUUAAUGUUGCAUUUUUUUGAUCAUGCCAACGAGACUAUCGUCGGUGCCAAAAAAAGAGAUUGGGGCACUGACUCUCCAUACGGAUUGUAUCGUUCAUGGAAGAAACCAAGCGGAACACCUCGGCCUACGAGAGACAUCAAGCCCAUCACUUACAAAAACGUUCCUGAACUAACGGGAAUCGCGAUCAACUUGUAUUCAAAGGAGGCCUUGGAACACGCGUGGCUCAACAUCUCCUCCAAAUUGCAGAUUGCCCAAAUUACCAACGUCAAGCCCAAACAGGCUUACAAUAAAGCAAAUGUUUUGCAAUGGAAGGUUAGAGAGGGUAGACAAUGUGGAUGUAAGGUUGAGUUGACUGGCAGAGACAUGCAUCAAUUUUUCUCUACUUUAACCGAAAUGGUGUUGCCCAGAAUUAGAUAUUACAAAGGUAUCAGCAAUUCCUCAGGAGAUAAGGGUGGCAACAUUACAUUCGGCUUGGAUCCCGAACAUGUGAAGUACUUCCCUGAAAUCGAAAACUUCCAGGAGUUGUUUCCAAACCUUUUCGGCUUUCACAUCACAUUCAAGACGUCUGCAAGAACAGACGAGGCAGCUCGUACGUUGUUGAGCUCCAUGGGGAUUCCAUUUUACACUCGUCCACGUAACCUGUAAAUAGUUAUGAUCAAGCGUUUCUGCUUCAUUUAUCAAACAUCUCGUACACGGUACGAAGUGUAGAGUUCAACACCAGAGAUAUCGACAUCAAGCUCUUCUCUAAUGCAAUCACAUUAUUACAUAUGGAUUAGAUAGCCACAAU